UGUCGCUAUCUCUCGGUUCAACCUCGGCUCCCCACACAAGCUUGCCGGGAACAGGUCCUUUUCUCGAAAGCUACUUACCUCAAGCCUUGUAACUCGCCUCCGUCAAUUUUCCAACACAGGAUUGUUCACGGUCUUCUUUGUUUCGGUGCGUUCAGGAUUUCGAUACAUUGUCUAUUGCGCAAUAAGGCGUGCCCUGCCAUUCCACCUCGAGGACAUUUAUCUUUGCUACACAAGUUUGAUCGAAAUGUCGGACUCAGGCAAACCAGACGAGACGCCGGUGGCCCAGCACGAGCACGAGCACGAGCCGGAGAACGAAAUGUCGGCAACAGAGGAGGAAGAAAUAACUGCCAUGAAGCGCCGCGUGGCAGAGAUGGAAGAGGAGGCCAAGAAGCUCCGCGAGAUGCAAGCGACUCUGGAGCAGCAGUCGGCGGACCUCGCGGAUGACAAGGAGUCGGUUGAUUCGCGCAGCAUCUUUGUGGGCAAUGUGGAUUAUUCAGCCUCGCCCGAGGAUAUCCAGGCGCACUUCCAGAGCUGCGGCUCGAUUAACCGCGUCACCAUUCUCUUGGAUAAGUUUACCGGCCAGCCCAAGGGCUAUGCCUACGUUGAGUUUACGGAGCCCAGCUUGGUGGCUCAGGCACUUGUCCUGAACGAGAGCCUCUUCAAAGGCCGCAACAUCAAGGUCACCCCGAAGCGCACCAACGUGCCAGGGAUGAGCCGUGGCCGUGGUGGCCGUGGACGCGGCGGCCGAGGUGGCUUCGGAAGGGGUGGUGGUGGUUCAUUCCCCCGGGGCGGGUACCGGGGUGGUUAUCGAGGCCGUGGCCGGGGAUUCACUCCCUACUAGGAGCAGGGCAGCUCCCAUCCUAGGACGGGCCACCAAGCUUAUCAUGCCUCUGGGCAGCAGCCUGAUGCAUUCAAGAUUGAGGUGGAUGAUCACGCCGGGUUUGAUGGAGGGUCUAACUGGUGAUGAUUGCCAGUCGUGGGAUCCUCCAGUUUAUUUUCGCAUUUAGGGAAUCCGGUCGCAAACAAGGGGGAAAGAAGUCUGGUCAGGGAAGUGCGAUGUAUAAUAUCGGAUCCGGGGAGGGACAAAACAGCACAUCGUGCUUCGAGGACAGGACAAGGAGUUUUGGACUGAUUUGGUUGUUUUUAUUUCGUAUCUACGGUAACAUGCACUUUCGAGAAUAGUAACCUCCGAGCCACGCUCGACCAGGGGGGGCUCUGCUGGUUGGCUUGGUGUGAACCAAUGUUGUCCGUGGAUAGGAUGGUGACACCUUCGCCACGCAAUCAGUGUGAGGCCGCCCGUUUCGCCCCCCCCCCCCCCCC